UUGGAUAGCCUGGUAACGGCUGUAUGGCGCGUGUUAGGUUGAUUCACGUUUAUGAAUUUCUUUUGUUGUGAUAAAACGUUUAGCUAGCUGCCGGUACAUUUUCUUUAAUCGUAUAAUACACAAAGUUAUAUUUGUCUGUUUUUAUCAUUUGAGAGGAUGAGUGGCGGAGUGUAUGGAGGCGAUGAGGUUGGCGCACUGGUGUUUGACAUAGGCUCAUACACAGUGAGAGCUGGCUAUGCUGGAGAAGAUUGUCCCAAGGCUGACUUCCCCACAGUGAUCGGCGUGACCCUGGACAGAGAGGAUGGCAGCACUCCGAUGGAGACGGAUGGCGGGGACAAGGGCAAGCAGGGCACCAACUACUUCAUCGACACCAACCAGCUGAGGGUGGCCCGCGAGAACAUGGAGGUCAUGUCACCGCUCAAAAACGGCAUGAUUGAGGACUGGGACAGCUUCCAGGCCAUCCUAGACCACACCUACAAGAUGCACUUCAAGUCAGAGCCCAGCAUGCAUCCUGUACUCAUGUCAGAAGCCUCUUGGAACACACGAGCCAAACGGGAGAAGCUAACCGAGCUGAUGUUUGAGCAUUACAACAUUCCCGCCUUCUUCCUGUGUAAAACGGCAGUGCUGUCCUCCUUUGCCAAUGGACGAUCCACAGGGUUGGUGCUAGACAGCGGAGCCACACACACAACAGCCAUUCCAGUGCAUGACGGUUACGUGCUUCAGCAAGGCAUCGUCAAGUCUCCCCUUGCUGGGGAUUUUAUGAGCAUGCAAUGUAGAGAGCUAUUUCAAGAGUUAAAUGUUGAAAUAGUCCCUCCUUACAUGAUUGCCUCAAAGGAUGCAGUACGUGAAGGAGCCCCAGCAAGCUGGAAGAAGAAGGAGAAACUACCUCAAGUCACCCGGUCCUGGCACAACUACAUGUGUAAUACUGUGAUCCAGGAUUUCCAGGCCUCCGUGCUGCAGGUUUCAGACUCGCCGUACGAUGAACAAGUUGCAGCCCAGAUGCCCACAGUUCACUACGAGCUACCCAAUGGAUACAACUGUGACUUUGGGGCAGAGAGGCUGAAGAUUCCAGAGGGCCUUUUCGACCCCUCCAAUGCCAAGGGUCUGUCUGGCAACACCAUGUUGGGAGUCGGGCACGUGGUGACCACCAGUGUGGGAAUGUGUGACAUCGAUAUUCGGCCGGGUCUUUACGGUAGUGUGGUGGUCACCGGCGGCAACACACUCAUCUCGGGAUUCACGGACCGACUCACCAGAGAACUCUCUCAGAAGACCCCUCCUAGCAUGAGGCUGAAGUUGAUAGCCAACAACACAACGGUGGAGCGCAGGUUCAGUGCCUGGAUAGGAGGCUCCAUCCUGGCAUCACUAGGAACUUUCCAGCAAAUGUGGAUCUCGAAACAAGAGUACGAGGAGGGCGGGAAGCAGUGUGUGGACAGAAAGUGCCCUUGAUCGACCGCCAACAACGUUCUGCUGCUUCCAGAACUCCCAACGUGUCUAGUUUAACCUUUUAUUGUGGACUCAGGAACUCCCAAGGACGGUC